AUGAAUAUAUUAGGUGAUGUUUUUCGGCAAACGUUUCCAAGGCGUCUGCGUUUUGACAAGGCCUCUCAGAUUCUGCAUGCUGAGAUGUUUAUGCUGGCAAGGCGCCACAAACACCGGAAGUAUAUUCCAAAACAAGAGAUAUACGAUGUGCUGAGUCGCUAUGAACCAUUACCUUACUCACCGUGGCUGCAAUAUCCUGUAUUACGUCACAUUUUUUUUAUUCGACAGAUUAACGGUAUUCGUUGUCUUUUUGGAAAACCAUCUUGGUUAAUUAACCGUGCUGUAGAUGAGGAAUUUUGCUUAAUUAAGAAAUGGAUGGAAACACAGGAAAAAGAGUUAUCAAAAAAUGUCAAAGGUGGACGUCUUGGGGAUUUUGUUCGGCGAGAACGUUUCGUCACAGAGGUGUUGGAACCUUUUCACGUAGCAACAAUGUAUCAACGAGUGGCGCGUUUUGGUAUUUUUCUCGUUAUUGCAUUAUUGUUGCUUCUUUUUAUAUCUGUCAAUGUGGACGCGGUUGUUUACUAUUACUUAGUGUAUUGGUGUGGGAUGCGGCGGGGAGAGGUGCUGGAGUGGUUUCGCGGCAUUACGGAGCGUCACAUGGUGGCGGAAGUGCCUCCAGCGUAUAAAAGUCUUUUGCCGCCGCCGUGUGUCUUGCGCACCGCAGACUCGGGAAGAGAGAGAUACGAUCUCAAGAUCACGGAGUUUGUCUCUCCAAAUGAGAAAAUUAUUAUCUUGGCGAUGCCGUUUCCACAAAUUGGAGAAAAGACUUUUUUUACUUCACUAGGAGAGAAGGUUGCGCAGUGCGAUGCUGUUAUGAUGGAAGGUGUGCCGUUUGACUAUAUCGACAAGAUUGCUCCGGCAGCUUUAUUUCCGCUGCGGGAUGACACUUUCCCUGCGUUAGGUGUACACCACCGUUUUCUUGAUAUCUUGCGCAGUAAACAAGAACCACCUUUUUUGUAUCCAGCGGGAUCACAGCUGGGGUGGAAAGCAUACUACAUGCAAUUUUUUAUUCCAUUUGAAGCACGUUGUGUCUACUGGCCAACAUUAUUUUCUGCCUCCAAGGGCGAGGCAAGAGUUGGUUGGGGACGACUGCGAGAACUUAUCGAACAGGUCGCAGCAAGACAGUUGAAUGAUGAUGAUAAGAAUGGUAGUUUAGAAACGGGGCCUUACGUCAUUUGCCUUCCAUGGACGGUGAAUCAAAUUGUAAAUAUGGAGGCCAGCCUAGUUAAGUAUGGAUUCCGUUUGGGUCGUGUCUUUGCUGUGAAGUGGAUGGAUUGUGAUCACAUGGGAGAACACUUUUGCCAAUACUACGGUAUCACAGAUUAA